AGAGGAUAGAGCACUCAGAGAGUAAGAGCAUACUGUCACUCCAUUAGAGGGCAGCAAGGAGGUCAGCUUCGGUUCUUUGGCAGAGGAAGAAGAGAGGAGAAAUGGGAGGAAUUCUCAUGCAGCAUCACCAAAUCUCUCUCAGUCCUCUGCGAAAAACGGCCUUCCCCGGAUCAUUUGCUCUCCAAAGAGAUAUUGCUCUCCAUCGCGUUCCACGGCGGGGUUCUCUGCCGUGCUCAUCUUCCCUGACGGUCAGAGCAGAAGCCAACGGGUCCUCCACUUCAAGAAUUGCGGUCAAGAAGCACAGCAAAGAAGAGCUCAUAGAGUUCUUCGGGGCCAUCCAGGCCGCCAUUGCCAGGGACUCUCCCAAGCCGCCCGGGAGGACGAGGAAGCCGUCGUCGCCGGCUGGCACGUUCGAAGAAGCCGGCACGAAGAUGAAACCACACGAGGGACUGGGGCAAGAUGGGCAGCCAAAUUUCGAGGGCAUGACGGUGCCCGAGCUGAGGGACUUGGCGAGGGUGAGGGGGAUGAGAGGUUACUCCAAGCUGAAGAAAGGGGAGCUGAUUGAUCGUCUGAGGGGUGCUUGAUCGUCUGAUAAUUAACAAGGCUUCCUCUCCGAAACAGGAACAGGCAGACGCCAGUGCUGCCUGUUUGACCGAAUUGAUGCGGCUUAUAAUCGACUUUUCGUCUGUUGUUUCCUUUGUUAGGAAUCUUCGAAAGAGGAAGAAGCUCUGCAGUUCGAUUGAAGUUAUGUAGGAGUAUAAUGUUGGUUAAUCAGCGGAUGUUGUCUUUGGAGGCCGAGCUCCAUGGAGCUCGGUUUUGAAAAUUUUGAAUUUUGUCGAA